GGACGGCAGCCACACUGACUCAGCUCACAGCUCUUCAGUCUAAGGAAGAACUCACAGCAGUAACAAAUCUAAACAUUUCUCCUUGCUUCUGCUUUCUCUCAAAAAUAAAACCGUCCACUAACCCGUAGAGCUGAAGCACCCCAACAGACAUCACUCGUAUGCUUUUAUUGCACAGCCAUUAUGGAGAGGUCUUCUGAUCAUGUCCACCUCGGUCUCCCACCAAGAUCCAGAAUGACACCCAGGAAGGAGAGGGACAGCGGAGCCUCUGUGCCUCCAAGAAGUCACAGACAAAGGUCAUCAAAGGCAGGAAGAGUGCCGGAGGCGGCCUCGGUGAUAAAAGAGACACCACAAAAGGAGAAGCCAGAGACAAAUGAGGUGAAGGUGGAGCAGGAGACAGAAGUGAAGGUGAGAUCGACUGUGGUCGACAUAGACAGUGUAAGAGACGAGGAUGUCAAGGACGACAACCUAGGGCUCCUGGAGGCAGCAGAGCAGGAGGACGGUCUGAAGCGCAAAAACCUGGGAGUGUUUGAGUGGAUGCUGAUGGUCUUCGUCUUGGCUCUGGUUCUGCUCGUCCUCCCGAUUUCCAUUUGGUUCUGUGUCAAAGUAGUAAGGGAGCAUGAGAGAGCUGUGAUCUUCAGACUGGGUCACCUACUCCGUGGGAGACCCAGAGGACCAGGCCUUAUUUUCUACCUCCCACUCCUUGAUGUGUGCCACAAAGUUGAUAUCCGACUACAAAUGCUAAAGGUUCCUCCUCACACGGUGGUGACAAAGGACUUGGUGAGGCUGGAGCUGAGUGCAGUGUGUUAUUACCAGAUAGAGAACGUGACUUUGUGCAGCGCGGCCCUGUCCAGUCUGACCACAGUGCUGCAGACUCUGGUCCAGGCAGUGGUCAGAGACAUCCUCGCCCAACACACGUUCAGCCACAUCCUGCUGAACAGGAGGAGGAUCGGACAGCAGAUACAGGCAGGGGUUGACUCUGUUGCUUGCCACUGGGGCAUCAGGGUGGAGAGAGCAGACAUAGACGAGCUCAGUUUUCCUGUGGAGUUACAGCGCAGUCUGGCUGCCGAGGCCGAGGCCAAGAGACAACACCAGGUCAGAGUGAAAGCAGCAGAAGGGGAGAGAGAUGUGUGGGAGGGGUUCAGGGCUUCCCUCCGUCUGCUCCAACCUGCCCUGGUCCUUCCACUCCCUCCUGAUCUCCUCUGCGUAACCCCUGACCUCUCAUCCCUACCCCCACCUCCUCCCCCUGCUGUGGAAGGAGAGGGCGGGACGACAGAUACAGACUCGCCAAUGAUGUGAAAGAUUGUUUUGCCAUAAAAGCUUAUUAAUGUUGAAAUAUUUUUGGUUUGAAAUCUAAUGGCAAUGCCAGCCAGUCGUUCUUAUUUGAUGGGAGAGUUUCAAGAGGUAUUCUUCAUUAUUUCAAAGAAGGUAAUCUGUACAACAAAUUAUUGUUCGUUUGAGUAUCAUUUAAAAUAUUAGUUUAUAAUCAAUCAAUCCUGACUACUUUGGGGUUUGAUUGGUUUACACUGUUGAACUUAAGCGCUGAAGGGUGUGAUAGCAUCUAGUGUAAACUGGGUUUGUUUAGGAAUUUCAAAAUGUCCACAUCUUUAUAAUAAAAGCCACAGAAAAGUCUUACAUUUUCAGGGGUUGUGUCUGCAGACACUUUAUUCUUUUCAAGAAAACAAAAGCUAAUUUGCCCUUAGUUGGUGUCAAAGACAUAACACAAGGUUUAACACAAUCACAGCAAACCAUAGCAUAAAUGGUAAUAUGACAAUAUUAAUUCUCAUACAACAGCAAGCAGUCUGAAUAUAGGACAAUCUCCUGAUACUUGAAAGAUCUAAGCUUUGAUGCUAACGCUGGUCAAUGGCACUUCUUGUCUUUUCUUGUUUAUGCCUAUGUGCCACAAAAAAUUGUAAACUUGUGAGACAGUUUAUGUGCUGGUAAUAUGCACCAAAAGUCAUAAUACCCUUGGUGGCUUUUCUUUACUGGUUUACAUGGAUGUGACUUUCAUGGAGUGCUGGUAUAAAAGUGUUGUAAUAAACCAAGAAACAAAAAACUCUUGAAGUGAUUUUUUAAAAUAGUUCACUAGACAUUUAGUGGACAUACCCAUACAUUCAUAUAACGAUGUAACAUGUCCUGAUCUUAGUCGGAUCACCGUUUCUUGGUCUUUUUGGGGCUACUUGAUGGUUUGGCUUCAGCUGCAGUUUUCUUUGGAGGAGCUGGAGUUUUUACUGGUACUGGAGAAGGUGGUGGUGUUUUCUUUUUCUCUGCAACACAAUUAAAGACUGUUACCACCUUUUGAGAUCAAACACUGUGUAACUGAAUGUCAGACAGACUAUCCUUCAUAAUAAAUUACAGAAGUUUCAA